AUGCGCAUCAAGAUUCGCUCACCGACAGGAACGCAGGUCCUCAACCUCUCACCAGAAGCAACAGUCUCGUCUCUCUUAUCAGAAAUCAGAUCGAAAUGUUCCAUCUCAGGAGAUAUGGAGAUAAAAUAUGGGUAUCCGCCUAAGAUUCUUCAACUGAACGAAUACUCCUCAUCUUCCCUAUUAGAAGAGCUACCAGUAAAGCUCGAAGGCGAGCAAUUAAUCAUUUCGGAAAGCGGCGGGGGAGCUCUUCGUGGAAGUGGUUCAGGCGUAGUGAAGAAGAGCGAGGCUACCACAAUUGAAACAGAAAAGGCUGGGGUCUACGUGCCACCGUCAUCAACAGUACCAAAAUCAAAUGCUCCAUUCUCCUUUGCAGGUCAAGGCUCUGCAGCUCUGAAUUCUUCCACAAACUCAAAGCCACUGAGUCUCUCGCGCUCUUUGAAACCCAAAAUCAACAAGGAUGACCCUCCGGAUGUACCACUCAAGAAUGGGCGCGGAACUGUUAUGCUAAGAGUUAUGGAAGAUGAUAACUCCUGUCUCUUUAGAGCGAUAAGUUAUGUUAUGACGAACUCCAUGUACUCGGUCGAAGAGCUGCGACAACUUGUAGCAAGCACCAUCCAGGAAGAUCAUGAGACCUACUCCGAGGCAGUCCUUGAGCAGAAGAGGGACGCUUAUUGUGAGUGGAUUACUAUGGAUAGCUCUUGGGGAGGUGGAAUCGAGUUAGGAAUUUUUGCAAACUUUUUUGACAUGGAGAUAUGCACAAUUGAUGUUUCUACAAAUGACAUGAUCCGGUUUAAUGAAGGAAAAUCGAAGAGAGCAUUUGUGGUUUAUUCCGGAAUUCAUUACGACGCUCUAGUGCUUUCACCGGCCGGGUCAUCGAAGCACGACUCGAGCAACGAUAUACGAAUAUUUGACUCGAAUGAUGAUGAGAUGAUUGAAGGUGCACUGGAAUUGUGUAGGGAGCUUAGGAAGAGAAAAUAUUUUACCGAUACCAAGAAUUUCGCAAUUAAAUGCAAUAUCUGCGGUAUUGGUUUGAAGGGAGAGAAGUCAGCUGUGGAGCACGCAACUAAAACCGGGCAUUCGGAUUUUGGGGAAUUUUAG